CUUAAGUGUAGACGAAAUGGUUCCACAAAGAAUAGCUUUCACACUAAUAGUUGUUUUAACCUGGCGUAUAGCUCUCUGUAUAAACAAGCACGACACAUUGAUAUCUGAAAUUCAUUCACAUGCUAGUGAAAAAAGGCCUCUGGAAAACCCAUUGUUAUUCGAAGGUGACAUAUUUCCCGUGGAUGGAAACUUGUCUUACAAUGCUAUCAGCGAAUAUAGUCGGCUCUGGCCUCAAAAUGUAAUCUACUAUGAAAUCGAUUACUCACUACAAGGCUAUAGCGGACUCAUCGAACGUGCAAUUGAAGAGUACCACCGGAAAACAUGUAUCAGAUUCCAACAGGGUCGCGGUAGAGGCAACUUCGUGAGGAUUUUCUAUGGCCAAGGAUGUUAUGCUAACGUAGGCAUGGUUGGUGGAGAGCAACCAUUAUCCUUAGGUCGGGGCUGCCAUUUUCAUGGAACCGCUGUACAUGAGCUGGGACAUGUUGCAGGAUUCUAUCAUGAGCAUACCCGCAGUGACAGGGACCAGUAUAUCGACCUUUAUCUGCACAACGUCAACCCGCUGUACUAUCCGCAGUUCCAAAAAUUGGCACCCAGCGAAAAUCUUUUCUUCAAUAGGUUUGACUACGAAUCCGUUAUGUUGUAUGGAUCGCGAUCUUUUUCUAAUAAUGGUCAGUACUCGAUGACCCGGAAAGACGGUGGCGUCCUGGUUGAGGUCCACGAAAAGCACGGUCUUAGCGCGGCUGAUGUUGAACGUGUUAACAAACUUUACAACUGCAACGAAAUUUCUGAUGAGGACGGAGACAUUCAUGUCGUGGAUGAAUCACCGAUACCACAUUGGUCUCAUCAAAAUCCCAAUCUGUGGGGUGGACAAUGGGGAAGUUGGGACAAUCCACAGCUUAUAGAUCUCCACAAAACUUGAUAAGGUCCCUUUACAAAAUCACUUUAUAUUUAGAGGCCUUUCGAUAAAAUAUACACAACAAAAUCAAGCUAGGUUAGCUCAUGAUGAGCCGCACAUUUUUGUCAUGCAUACGUCAUGCAGACGUGUGAUCCAAAUACGCUUGAUGACUACAAAGGAGCAGUAGCUUCCGCAACGCAUGGCAGUUUAAAUAAAACUUAAGGAAC